UUGGAGGUGUUGAUCUUCUGGUAGAAAUUCUUAUGAGGCCAACAUUUAUUACACAGAAGAAGAAACAAAAGAUAAGUGAUGAGCUUAUCAAGGACUGUUUAAGCAUAUUGUACAAUUCCUGCAUAUGUACUGAAGGAGUCACUAAAAGAUUGGCAGAAAGAAAUGAUUUUGUGCUGUUCUUGUUUACUCUGAUGACAAAUAAAAAGACAUUCCUGCAAACAGCCACUCUUAUUGAAGACAUUCUUGGAGUUAAAAAGGAAAUGAUACAGUUAGAGGAUAUCCCAAAUCUCGCCAAUCUGGUCUCCAGUUUUGACCAACAACAGCUAGCAAACUUCUGCAGGAUCCUUGCUGUUACAAUUUCAGAGCUUGACACUGGCAGUGAUGAUAAACAUACACUACUUGCUAAAAAUGCUCAACAGAAAAAAAAUUUGGGUCCUUCUCGAGCAGAAAUAAAUCAAGCUACCCUUCUCAAUAUACCAGGUUUCAUUGAACGACUGUGUAAACUAGCAACCCGAAAAGUAUCAGAAACAACGGGAACUUCCAGUUUUCUUCAAGAGCUGGAGGAGUGGUACACCUGGCUAGACAAUGCACUAGUUCUUGAUGCAUUAAUGCGUGUGGCAGAUGAAGAAACAGAGCAAAGCAGCACAGAAUCUUCAGAUGAGAGUGGAUUUGCCAACACCUCAACAAGGAAUCAGCUUCCUCAGUCUAUGAAAAUUAUGCAUGAAAUUAUGUAUAAGUUGGAGGUUUUAUAUGUGCUCUGUGUGCUUUUAAUGGGAAGACAAAGAAAUCAGGUUCAUAAAAUGAUUGCUGAAUUUAGACUGAUCCCCGGCCUUAAUAAUUUAUUUGAUAAAUUAAUAUGGCGGAAACAUUCAGCAUCAGCCCUUGUUCUGCCUGGGCAUAAUCAGAACUGUGACUGUAGCCCGGAUAUUACCUUGAAAAUUCAAUUUUUGAGACUACUUCAGAGUUUUAGUGAUCAUCAUGAGAACAAGUAUCUACUUUUAAACAGCCAAGAACUUAAUGAAUUGAGCGCAAUCUCUCUAAAAGCCAACAUCCCUGAGGUCGAGGCUGUUGUCAACACAGACAGAAAUUUAAUUUGCGAUGGGAAAAGAGGCUUGCUAACCAGACUUCUUCAAGUAAUGAAGAAAGAACCAGCAGAAUCAUCAUUCAGAUUUUGGCAAGCAAGAGCAGUUGAAAGUUUCUUACGAGGUGCUACUUCCUAUGCAGAUCAGAUGUUCUUGCUAAAAAGGGGGCUUUUAGAGCAUAUUCUGUACUGCAUUGUUGAUAGUGAAUGCAAAUCACGAGAUGUGCUUCAAAGUUAUUUUGAUCUUCUGGGGGAACUGAUGAAAUUCAACAUAGAUGCUUUCAAGAGGUUUAAUAAAUACAUCAAUUCAGAUGAAAAGUUUCAGAUAUUUUUGAAUCAAAUCAACAGUUCACUGGUUGAUUCCAACAUGUUGGUUCGUUGUAUUACUUUGUCUCUGGAUCGAUUUGAGAGCCAGUCAGAUAUUAAAGUUGCAGAAGUCUUGUCUGAGUGCCGCCUAUUAUCAUACAUGUCACAGAUGUCCAUGAGGAUGUCCUUUCUUUUCCGACUCAUUAAUAUUAUUCAUGUACAAACACUGACCCAGGAAAAUGUAAGUUGUCUGAACACAAGUCUAGUUAUCUUAAUGUUAGCCCGAAGAAAAGACAAGCUUCCAUUCUAUCUGCGUACCCUUCAAGAGAUGGAAUAUACGAAGAAAUAUCCUGGAUUCAUACUGAACAAUUUUCAUAGUCUUCUUCGUUUUUGGCAGCAGCAUUACCUCAAUAAGGACAAGGACAGCACCUGUUUAGAAAAUAGUUCAUGUAUUAGUUUUUCCUAUUGGAAAGAGACUGUGUCUGUUCUGCUUAGUACGGAUCAAACAUCACCUUGUGCCAUAGUUAGCUACAUUGAUGAGCCGUACAUGGAGAUUGACAGAGACUUCACUGAAGAGUAACACCACCAGUUCUCACUUCCAGUGGACAAUACCUCAGAGGGAAUCUUGCAGACGUUGGAUUUUCAGGGAUAUGCUGUGUGCACAAACUCAGAACUAUGGAAUAUUACUAUCUUAAUGUAUUUUCUUCCCUUGCCCCACCGCCCUCUUUAAAGAGCAGGAUUUCACAAACUUGAAACGCAUCACAUAUUCAGGGAAAUCUGCAUACUAUUUGGAAUUGUCUACAAAAAAAAAAGUCCACCUUUCCAGGCUCAUUAUGACUAGAAGCCUUUGAGCUUGGUAGGUGGAAUCUUUCCAAUAUGCAAGGGUUAGCUGUGAUUUUCCUUCUGGUAACCCAAAUUAGAAGUUAAAAGGAGAGGUAAUUUCCUAAGCUGGUUUUAUGAGCACACCUAACGUACACCAGCCACUCUUAAGUCACCAUAAAAACUUUACUCCUAAUUUUUCACAUUUUUUUCCUUUGUUUUGCAUUUCAAGAGGAUCAUGUGUGCAAUUCACUUUUAAAUACAUAAAAAUAAUGCCGUGUCCUUUUUCUCUGCAAAUGAUUUUAGAAAUGUUUCCUACUAAACUGUCCCAUUCUCCUCUUUGGUUCACUGUAUUAUUGCAUUCAGAAGUAUCUCUCUGGUCUGUGGAUUUGUCUUCAAUUGACUUUUACAGUGCUGUCUAGAACAGGUAUAUAUUACAGUGAUGGAAGUAGUUGGCUUUUUUCCCUGGCUUUAUUUGUUUGCUUGCUUGUUCAUUAGGUUUACAGAUACAAUCAGUGGAAAAA